CAUUUCCGACGUUGAGGCGUCGAUUCAUCCGCGGAUCCGACACGGAAUCCAUCGGAACUGCUUCUGAAACUGAUGCCAACCAAACGACCUGGAUAAUUCUUCUCGAUGCUCUUCCAUUCGUAUGCUCGCUUCCAUGCUACAAUUAAAGAACGGAAGUCGGAAAUUUGUGCUCAAUUUAACAAUCCCAAAGUUUUAUCAACUCGAAUUUUCAGAAUUAGCAGCACACUCCCAUCCAAACUCCAGAGACGUCUAAAGUUUAUAUGGAAUCUCUCACCGGAGUGGCUGUUUGCCAAGCAUCUUAAAUUGUGGCUCCAUUCGAUUUUCCUAUGAUGAAAAUCCGCCAAAUGCUCAACGGCAUUGAGCGAAUUUGAGCCCCAAUUGGAUGAACCGGAAAGCCCGCCGAAAAUGAACGACAUUAUUGAUUGGAAAACUUGGAAAACGAGAAACUGUGAAUCUCGUCGUAAUCCCAGUUUUUAUCGUCAUCGUCAAGUAGCCGGGACAGUUGCACCGAAAUCGCCUCUAAUUCAUUAUAGUCAUCACACUGGAGAUGGAUGCAAUUCCAAUUUGUGAAUAUAUCUCCGAAUGUGACUCACCGAGCAACAGUUAAAUUGGGCAAAUCAGGAUAAUGUGAUCGACGAGGCUCCACCACUAAACACGCCCACGUGGACUGUGCUAUUCGUCAACUGGACGAUUAUUCAUCACCGGCUUCAACAAUCACCGACUCCUGCCGCCUCGUGGCCUCGAAACGUGUGAGAGAACAACGGAGAAGUGGACAUACAUCAACCAACCCGUCGCCAUCCGAUUAAUUUUCGUUUUUUUUUUUCAAAUUUUAUUUUAUUUUUUGUAAAAUAAAAAUUUGUAUGAACUAUCAAUUGUUAUUAAUGAACCGCAAAUUCCAAAUAUAUGGCGAAUAACGGGGUGGCAGCUAGCUGGGCAUUCGCGCGUCUUCAUCAUUUACCGGUCCGUUUUUCGCCAGUUCUUCAUCGAAUAGCGGCCCGCGCUUCACCGAAGCCAUGUACCUUUUUCGCGAAAUAGCGGCCCGUCACCCGACGAAUAUUCGCAUGUCGCGGUUUACCUGUGUA